AUGGGAGGGGGGGGGAAUGGACCUUGGAGUAGAUUCGUGGGCCGAGGGCCCUGUAAUGUUCUCUGUCCCCCUAACACGAAUGACCUACUGAGAUGCUGUGGAACGAAAAGCAGCCGCGUUAGUGACCGGCGCCAUGAAAAUGCAACGCUGGCCCGGACCGGAGUCUCUUUAAAGGCUGAGGGGCCGGUGCAUCCCGGGAGUUGUAGUCCGGAAGCGCGCGGAGGCCUGGGCGCCUGGAGCCCCCGCGGCGGGGGCGGAGACUACAGCUCCCAGCGUGCCGCGCGGCGCCAGGUCGCCGCCGCGAUUUCGGGACCGGAGAGGAUCCCCAGCGUCCCUCGUCCCUCGGGCGGCGUCAAGGGCACUAACUCACCGGGCGGGCUGCAGGGAGAACCCCCCGUCCGGUCUCACCCUCCGGGAUCCAGGAGCGGACGCACUCACCUGGUACAGGCCCUUUGCAGAUGGAUUCGAACCCGGGACCAUCCGCCUCGAUGCGCGCUAGGCUGCCGGACGGCUCUUCGGGCCAGGAAGGAGUUGCUUCUGAACCCCGUACUGUACCGGAUCCCCUUUGUGUGGUCGUGUGCCGAUCCCCUCUCCCCGGAAGGGGGGAACAUCCUCCUGCUUUUACGCUGCCGAGCUCUUUCACCCGUCUACCCGGGAGAGAAAGGGCAGUCACUUCCUGACCGGGCCAUCAGGGUAUCUAACGGAGAAUUCAUCCUCCGCACCUUUGGAAUCACUGGGGUGGUUGGAGCCGCGGAAAUGGGCCGUUCAGCCCAUCCAGUCUGUGCUAGACCAUUUAAACUGCCUAGACCCCCACACACAAAUAGAGUACACAGUUGACGUUUCGGGCCGAGAGCCUUUGGCAGAUCCUGCCGAAAGGGGUAGAAACAUCGACUGUACUCUCUUUUCUUCCCUCCUCCCCCAGACGCUGCCCGGCCUGCUGAGUUCCUCCUGCAUUUUGUGUGUGUGUGUGUGUGUGUGUGUGUGUGUCUGUGUGUGUGUGUGUG